AUAAUUAAAAAUAAAAAAGAAAAGAAAAUCUCCGUCCUGUAGGUCUCAUAUCCUAUCACUGACCCAAAACACAAAAAUCCUCUCUCUCUCUCUCUCUCUCUCUCUGUGCAAUGGCAGAGAAAUUGGCUCUUCCUCUGCUUCUCCCAAACCCUCCAUCACCCUCCAAACCCCUCUUCCCAAGCCACCAACGCAACCCCACCACCACCACCAUACCCUCUUCAUCACCACCCAUUGCCCCUCUUCUUCACGACUUUCUUCUUCACGAACACUCCAAUUCCAAUCCCAAUUCCAAAACCCCACCACAACCACACAAGCUCCAUAUCCCAGCUCCCAUUCCCAGGACCCGCACCCGUAUCGGCAAGUCGCGUGAUCCCAACCGUGGCAAGCCUUGGUCCAACCACCGUCUAUCUGCUAAAGGUCAGCAAAUUCUCAAUUCCUUAAUCGACUCUAAAUUCGUUUCUUCAAACUUAGAUCAACUUCUGCUUCAGUUAUAUGAUACCCAUAAAGAUGUGGUUGGUUCUGGAAUCGAGUCUCUGUCUUUGGAUAUACUAGGUAUAAUUAAGGGUUUAGGGUUUUACAAGAAAUGUGACUUGGCAUUGAGUGUGUUCGAGUGGGUACGGAACCGUGAUGAUUGUGAAUCGAUUCUAGAUGGUUCUGUUGUUGCUGUGCUUAUCAGCAUGCUAGGUAAAGAAGGCCGGGUUUCGGCUGCGGCUUCUUUGUUUCACAAUCUUCACAAAAAUGGUUUUGAGCUUGAUGUUUAUGCUUAUACUUCUUUGAUAACUGCUUGUGCUGGUAAUGGGAGAUACAGAGACGCUAUGUCGGUUUUUAACAAAAUGGAGGAAGAAGGGUGUAAGCCUACUUUGAUAACUUACAAUGUGAUAUUGAAUGUUUAUGGAAAGAUGGGUAUGCCUUGGAAUAAGAUUAUGGCUCGUGUUGAGGGUAUGAAGAAUGCUGGGAUUGCCCCUGAUUCGUAUACUUAUAAUACUCUUAUAAGUUGUUGUCGGCGCGGGUCUUUGUAUGGUGAAGCCGCCGAGGUUUUCAAGGAGAUGAAGUUAGCUGGGUUUGCACCUGAUAAAGUUACUUAUAAUGCGUUAUUAGAUGUUUAUGGGAAGUCCAGGCGACCAAAGGAGGCGAUGGAGGUACUGAAAGAGAUGGAGAUAAAUGGGUUUUCUCCUAGCAUUGUGACUUACAAUUCUUUGAUAUCGGCAUAUGCUAGAGAUGGUUUAUUGGAAGAAGCAAUGGAAUUGAAAACCCAGAUGGUGGAAAAAGGGAUUGAGCCUGAUGUUUUUACCUUCACCACCCUUUUUUCUGGAUUUGAGAAGGCUGGGAAGGAUGAGUCAGCAAUGAAGGUUUUCGAGGAGAUGAGAAGUGCAUGCUGCAAACCAAAUAUCUGUACGUUCAAUGCUUUAAUUAAGAUGCAUGGCAAUCGGGGAAAAUUUACAGAAAUGAUGAAAGUAUUUGAAGAGAUCAAUGCAUGUAAAUGUGCCCCUGAUAUCGUCACUUGGAACACACUUUUGGCAGUAUUUGGCCAAAAUGGGAUGGACUCAGAAGUGUCAGGAGUUUUCAAGGAGAUGAAGAGGGCAGGAUUUGUGCCAGAGCGAGACACUUUCAACACCCUUAUCAGUGCGUAUAGCCGGUGUGGUUCCUUUGACCAAGCCAUGGCAGUUUAUAAGAGGAUGCUAGAAGCUGGUGUCACCCCUGACCUUUCCACUUAUAAUGCUGUUUUGGCAGCGUUGGCUCGGGGAGGGCUAUGGGAACACUCUGAGAAAAUACUUUCUGAAAUGAAGGAUGGUCGAUGUAAACCCAAUGAGCUUACAUAUUCUUCUCUGCUUCAUGCUUAUGCCAAUGGAAAACAGAUUGAGCGAAUGUGUGUUCUUGCUGAAGAAAUAUACACUGGUGAGAUUGAACCCCAUGCUGUUCUUUUGAAGACUCUUAUUCUUGUUUGUAGCAAAAGUGACCUUCUAAUGGAAACAGAACGUGCUUUCUUGGAAUUGAGGAGAAAAGGGUUUUCUCCUGACAUAACUGCUCUGAAUGCUAUGCUUGCAAUAUAUGGAAGGAGGCAGAUGGUUGCCAAAACUAAUGAGAUUCUUAACUUCAUGAAUGAGAGUGGGUUCACUCCUAGCUUGACGACUUACAAUAGUUUGAUGUAUAUGUACAGUCGCUCUGAAGAUUUUGAGAGAUCAGAAAGAAUUUUAAGGGAGAUCCUGGAAAAGGGAAUGAAGCCUGAUAUUAUUUCUUAUAAUACUGUUAUGUAUGCAUACUGUAGAAAUGGUCGGAUGAGAGAAGCUUCUCGGAUACUCUCAGAAAUGAGGGAUUCAGGGAUUGUUCCAGAUGCAAUAACUUAUAAUACAUUCGUUGCGAGUUAUGCAGGUGACUCAAUGUUUGUGGAAGCUGUCGAUGUGGUUCGAUACAUGAUCAAGCAUGGCUGUAGACCAAACCAAAACACCUACAAUUCUAUUGUGGAUUGGUAUUGUAAGCUCAGUCGACGGGAUGAGGCAAAUAUGUUUGUUAAUAACCUUCGCAAUCUUGAUCCCCAUAUUCCUAAGGAGGAGGAAGGCAGAUUAUUAGAACGUAUAAGAAACAAAUGGUCAUAGUCGAUUUUCCUUUAUCAGUGGGAUUGCCGGUUUAUUGGCAUACUUUUUCUGCAGAACACUUGUAUGCAUUGUCCUAGUUCCUCCUUUUAAUGCCCAUGUUAUAUAUCGUGUGGGCAUGGCGAUGAGGAGAGAUAGAACAUUGUACAUGAAUUUAACUCAUACCGGAGACAAUCUGUGACUAUGUAUUGAGGGUCAUGAACUAAAUAUUUGUUCAACAUACUUGGCUCGCAGUUCUUGCAUGGAUCAAGAUGAGACAUGAGGACCCAAGUUGAGAAAUUUCAAGGUAACACGCAACAGUGCCAGGGACUGCAUUCCUCUUAGUGCUAAGAGAGACAUGGUAGACCUGAAAACUCCAGCAGAGCCUUUAAAUUUUGGAAAAUGAAUGUCUAACCGACUUACUUUCUUCUUGAACCAUCUUCAGUAACAUGGUCAAUUUGUCCUACUGGACAUAAAACACCAAAAAUAACAAAAAAUGCACAAUAGGAUUUGAGAUUGUAAAAACUAAUAUAUCUGGUUUUGUACUUAUCCUUGUUUAAGUGAUAGAUAAGGAUUCUCUUAUGGCUUCCACGAUAGCAUUGCCAUGCAUUGAUCUUCAUCCUCUGCCUACAACCUGGUCUUCUUCAUUGACAAAAUGAAACGGAUAAAAUCCACCAAUUUAUAUGUACACGCAACAUGGUUUUCAGCCCUUGCGUGUCGUAAGGGUGGCCGAAGCAAUUACUUCAUGGAUUUAUUAUUAUUAUUAAAUCCUUGUGCUGCUAACUUUGUUUUUUCUUUAAUCGGUCAUACGUAUUCCUUUACUUGUUCGAGGAUGUCCAUUUUAUUUGUCAAUCAACAACGUAUUCUAUCCUAAAAUGUUUGCUCUCGACCAAAAAAAGAAAUAUAAAUGAAAUGUUCUUUGCUCUUUUUUUUUUUUUUUUGUUUUUUUGUUUUUUUGUUUUUUUGUUUUUUGGGUUUAAUAUUAUGUAAUUUGAAGCGGAAGACUUCCAUUUUAAAAUCUAUUAAGGAUAACGUUGAUCCUAAAUUGAAAUUUCUAAUUAUUGCUAUAUGUGCAAUGAACAUAAUUUAUUGAAUCAAGAUGUGGACCUGUAUAUGUGGAUGAUAUGCUAGACAUUUUCUUGGACCGUAUUUCAAACCUUUACGUAAACAAAAUAAUCGAAGCAUAUAUGAGAACCAUUUUUACAGUCAUUAUGUUCUAUUACUUUCGCUUACAAUGCAAAUUUUUUGUGCCAAGUAAUAUAAAACACUUUUUAACUUUUGCACGCAUGAACGAAGUGGUUAAUAUUUGGUUGGGUUGGGUUGGGGGGGGGGGAGAAUUGUCAGACAAUUUGACGGAGAAUUUAUUCUCAUUACAAAUCAGUUUACCAAAUCUAUAAGAAAUAAGGUUCUGUUUUGUUCAAAUAUAAAUAGUUGUAAUUUCCAAAAUAGGGAAAAACCAUCUCUACCGAUAUCACUAAAUUUUGAGUGGAAAGCAGCCCAAGUAGUUGUGCUUAUAAAUACAGAAAAUGAAAAACUCUCCACAACUCUUUAAAUUUCAAAAUACCCAACACAAAAAUCAAAAACAGAAAAAAAACAGUCUCUAAAAACUCCCAAACCACCUCCUCCUCUGUUUCUCCGAAUCUCUGUUCUGUGUUCUUCUCUGUUUCUCUAAUAUUUCACAUAAUUAAUCAUCAAAAAAGAAAGAAAAUUAACCCAAAAAAAAAAAGAAAAAACAAUAAUGAGCUGGUGGUGGGCAGGAGCAAUAGGAGCUGCAAAG